AUGACAGAAGUCCUGCAACCCGGCGGCGAGGUAUUUUCUGAAAAGAAAAAGAAGAAAAACAAGGAAGGUAAAGAAUCUGUCACACUGGGACAAUUCCAGAAGAUUGGAGACUUUAAAAUCGAACCUUCAGAAAGCGUAGCUAAGCUAGAUACGGCGUUCUGGCCUUUGUUAUUGAAAAAUUUUGAUCGUCUCAAUGUGCGCACUAACCAUUACACGCCGUUGCCAUUUGGACAUUCGCCUUUAAAACGUCCAAUAUCUGAAUAUGUUAAAGCUGGCUUCAUUAAUGUCGAUAAACCAAGUAAUCCAAGCUCCCACGAAGUUGUAUCAUGGAUAAAACGCAUUCUCAAAGUGGAAAAAACCGGUCAUUCGGGCACUUUGGAUCCUAAAGUCACAGGUUGUCUGAUUGUUUGUAUUGACCGUGCCACGAGACUUGUUAAAUCACAGCAGAAUGCCGGUAAGGAGUAUGUUGCAGUGUUCAGUCUCCAUUCUGCAGUCGAAAAUGUUAAAAAAGUUACUCAAGGCUUGGAAAAGUUACGUGGAGCCUUGUUCCAACGGCCUCCUCUAAUAUCGGCCGUUAAGCGACAGCUACGUGUGCGUUCCGUUUAUGACAGUAAACUCCUCGACUUUGAUACAGAACGCAACAUUGGUGUAUUUUGGGUAAGCUGUGAAGCCGGCUCCUAUAUCCGUACCAUGUGUGUUCAUCUCGGUCUCAUGCUUGGAGUUGGUGGUCAGAUGAUUGAGCUCCGUAGAGUCCGAUCUGGCAUCCAGGGUGAGAAAGAAGGCAUGGUAACUAUGCAUGAUAUUUUAGACGCACAGUGGGCAUUUGAAAACCAUAAAGAUGAAAGCUACCUUCGGAGAGUCAUAAAGCCAUUGGAAGGCCUUCUAAUUGCUCAUAAAAGAAUAUUCAUCAAAGACAGUGCAGUUAAUGCUGUUUGUUAUGGUGCAAAAGUUCUAGUACCAGGUAUUUUACGGUAUGAUGAUGGUAUAGAAAUUGAACAAGAAAUUGUUAUAGUCACUACGAAAGGUGAAGCGGUUGCCUUGGCUAUCGCAUUAAUGACAACUUCAACAAUGGCAUCAUGUGAUCACGGAGUAGCAGCAAAACUUAAAAGGGUUAUAAUGGAAAGGGACACAUAUCCAAGGAAAUGGGGAUUAGGACCUAAAGCAUCUCAUAAGAAACAGUUGAUUUCAUCAGGAAAAUUAGACAAAUACGGCAAACCUAAUGAGAAUACUCCUGCUGAGUGGCUGAAUAGUUACGUAGAGUAUAAAUCUAAGAAGGUAGACACUGAGGAGAAUGGGGAUGAUGAAGGCGGUAGAAAACGGACAGCCAGUACGGCGAAUGCUGACGAUCCUAAUAAUUCUGUAGAAGUCAAGUCAGAGAAGAAAAAGAAGAAGAAGAAGAGAGACAGUGAAGCAGCAGAAGCUGUUGCUCAAGAUGGAUCCGGUGAUGCAACAAUGGAGACAGAUAUUACGCAAGAGGCCGACACUUCACGCAAAGAGAAGAAGAAAAAGAAAAAGAAGGACAGAGACCAAGAGAGAGUAGACGAAUGA